AUGCCGGUCAGGGAUUACGGAGUUUGGAAAGCCCUUCCGAUCCGUUAUGAGUUUGAAGAUCGCUACGAAGACCCCGAAUCUCCCCAUCUCUCGUUAUACUACCAUGACGAUGAAGCAAACCCCCCACAGUUCGACCCUAACUAUCGACACAACCACAGGGCAAUCAACAUCAAAUCCAGAGAUGACGAGACCAGGCUGGCCUAUUUUGUGAGGCACGAUUUUGUCAACCACCCCAUUGCCGAGAAGCUGGCCAACCUAGCUUUUGGGUUCCAUCCGAUAGCACAGGUAGACGAGUUGGACGGUAAAGGCCUGGAUUACAUUCGGGGGGCUCUUUUCACGUUGCAAAAAGGCCGUGUUCUUCUCCACGACAUCCCCGGACCCAACAAUGACCUCAUCGACGUCCUGGAGCCGGAAGUCAAGAAGGCCAUUGAGGCCAAAGCAACCAUCUUUGUAUUCGGCUCCAGGUUUAACACAAGGAACGGCAUCCAGAAUGUUCAUAUGAACCAGGGAAAUAUUGAGGACUUUGAGCAGGACGACGGGGUGUUUCAGGAUGGGGGUCUUCUUAUCAAGUACCACGAUCACUGGACGGGCGUCUUCCUUGCGUUCGCCUCACAAGCCGUCCACACCGAUGAUACAGAUGGCCACGCGCUCAGAAACCCUUUGGUAACAUGGGCGGACGUGGUACCCCAAGAACUUGUGGAAAACUCGGUCAAAAUCACGGAAGCACUCGUUAACCCACGCGGUGCCGACGAUCGAGCUGCCCGAAUCAAGGAAUCGGUCACGCUAGCGAAUCUCACCAACCACAGAGUAUCUUUGGCAUCAUGGAGAUUCCAUAACUCGGUGGGUCAGACUCAAGACCUGCCGCGACACGCAGCCUUAGAUUCUCAAGCUAUCCAGAAGUUCGAGGUCCCCAACUGCCCUCUUUCUAACACCGGGGAUACUAUCACUCUUCUCAAUGAGAAAGGACUGAGAGUGGAUGGAGUGAGCUAUGGGUGGAAGCAGGGCCAGCAAGAAGGCCGUCCUAUAAUCUUUGUUUAAUAUCUGAGGCACACUCUGCAAGCCUUACGUUUUGUGCUCCGCUGGAUGUUGAAACAAGCUCAGACAUACUAACCAGUGGAAUGAGCAGUUUGAAAAAUGGGCAGCUUUGAUUCUACUUUGUUUCUCGGCAUGCCAUCGUGUCAUCUCUCUGCACUUCGCUUGUGACUGAGUUAUGGCAGUCAAGGGGGAAAAGUGAUUGUUCC